AAAGAUACAUAUGACUCUAUAAUGUUUCGAGAGUACUACUUUUUCGUUGUUACGUUGUUAAGUUUUCGUUUGGUUGAAACUUAAGAAGUAGUCGAGAAUGGAGAUUUGCAACAAACGUCUGUUACUUGAUUAUGCCACUUUCUCCAUUAUUAUACAUCUUGUUAAGUCUCAAAAUCAACAAGGAUUCAUCAGUUUGGAUUGUGGAUUACCUUCUAACGAAUCACCUUAUAACGAAAAAUUCACCAAUUUAACAUACAUAUCUGAUGCCAAUUUCAUCCGCGGAGGAAAAACCGGUCAUAUCCAAAAUAACUCAGACAUAGAAUUUAUCUCGAAGCCAAACAGGGUUUUAAGAUACUUCCCGGAUGGAAUAAGAAAUUGCUAUAGUCUGAGUACCAAGCAAGACACGAACUAUCUAAUCAGGACCGUGUUUGUAUAUGGCAACUACGACGGUCUUAAUAAUCCUCCAAGAUUCGACCUAUAUCUUGGUCCCAAUAUUUGGACAUCUUUAGAUCUUGGAAAAUCGGGUUUAGGUGCGACUGAGGAGAUCAUUCACAUUACAAGGUCUAACAGUUUAGAUUUAUGUGUUGUUAAGACAGGGACAAGCACACCACUGAUAUCGUCCAUAGAGUUAAGACCCUUGCCGUAUGAUACUUAUAGUGCUCAAACAGGUUCCUUGAAGACUAUAGCUCACCUCUAUUUCACCACUUCAGAAAAAAUUAUAAGUGAUACUGGCAGUUAUCCGAAAGAUGUGUAUGAUCGUAUUUGGCUUCCAUAUUUACAACCGGAGUGGACUCAAAUAAACACAACCCUCAACGUUACGGAUUCUUCCCAUGGCUAUGCACCCCCACGUGAUGUUAUUUCGACCGCCGCCAUACCGACUAAUGCCAGUGAGCCAUUGACCAUUAUCUGGGAUUUGGAAACCUCUGAUGACGAAAUGUACGGUUACCUUUACUUCGCCGAAAUUCAACAAGUGCAGGCCAAUGAAACUAGGGAAUUCAAAAUUGUAGCAAAUGGAAAAGUUGAUUUUGAUUCUUAUAGUCCUAUGAAGUUUGAAGCACAGACUUUAUUCAACACUGUUCCGCUGAAAUGCGAGGGAGGGGUAUGUCGUGUGCAGCUAUCAAAAACGCCCAAAUCUACUCUACCACCCCUAAUAAAUGCUUUAGAGAUUUUUAGCAUCAUACAUUUUCCACAAUCAGAGACGAGUACAGAUGAUGUCAUUGCCAUAAAGAACAUCCAAACUACUUAUAAAUUGAGUAGAAUCAGCUGGCAGGGAGAUCCAUGUGUUCCUAAGAAAUUCUCGUGGGUUGGUUUAAGCUGCAACGUUAUUGAUAUCUCCACACCACCAAGAAUCAUAGCAUUAGAUCUGUCUUCAAGUGGAUUAACUGGAGUUAUACCGGCUAGCAUACAGAAUCUAAGUCAGCUUCGAGAAUUGGAUUUAUCGAAUAACAACUUGACUGGAGAAGUGCCGGAAUUUCUAGCCAAGAUGAAAUCGUUGUUGGUCAUAAACUUAAGAGGAAACAAUCUUAGUGGCUCUGUUCCUCAAGCCCUUCUCGAUAGAGAAAAGGAUGGAUUAAAGCUAUCUGUUGAUGCAAAUGUAAAUCAACGUGGGUCAAGCGAACCAAGAUCUAGAUCCCCUGUCGUGCCGAUUGUUGUGUCUCUUUUGUUUGUGGCUGUUAUCAUAUUUGUGGUUGUUCUCAUAUUUAUUUACAGAAAAAGAAAGCCAUCAACUUGCAAAGUUAGGCGCCCAUCACUCGAAAUGAAAAAUAGAAGAUAUACAUAUUCAGAGGUCAAGGAAAUGACUAAUAACUUUCAAGUUGUUCUCGGUAAAGGAGGCUUUGGUGUUGUUUGUCAUGGUUUUCUAAACAAUGAACAAGUAGCCGUUAAAGUUCUCUCUCAGUCAUCAACUCAAGGCUACAAGGAGUUCAAAACAGAGGUCGAACUACUGCUAAGAGUUCACCACGUGAAUUUAGUAAGCCUCAUCGGAUAUUCUGAUGAAGGAAAUGGCUUGGCUCUCAUCUACGAGUUCAUGGAAAAUGGGAACUUAAAGGAACAUCUCUCAGGAAAACGUGUGGGUUCUAUUUUGAACUGGUCGAGUAGACUCAAGAUAGCUAUCGAGUCUGCGCUAGGAAUUGAGUAUUUGCAUAUUGGAUGUAAGCCACCAAUGGUUCAUAGAGAUGUGAAAAGUACCAAUAUAUUGUUAGGUCAACAGUUUGAAGCGAAACUGGCCGACUUCGGACUUUCAAGAUCUUUUCUAGUGGGGAGUAACACUCACGUAUCAACAAAUGUAGCUGGAACUCUUGGAUAUCUUGAUCCUGAAUAUUAUCAAAAGAAUUGGUUAACAGAGAAGAGUGAUGUUUAUAGCUUUGGGAUUGUGUUACUGGAAAUUAUCACAGGCCAACAGGUGAUUGAACAAUCCCGUGAAAAGUCUUACAUAGUAGAAUGGGCCAAGUCUAUGCUUGCAACUGGUGAUAUUCAAAGUAUUAUGGAUCCGAAUCUCCAUGGAGAUUAUGACACAGGUUCAUCUUGGAAAGCUCUUGAAUUAGCAAUGGCAUGCAUUAACCCUUCUUCCACACAAAGACCAAACAUGACUCGGGUUGCUCAUGAGUUAAAUGAGUGUUUGGAAAUAUAUAACCUAAGUAAGAGAAGGAGCCAAGAUGAAAAUUCAACUAAGUCAACGGGGCAUAGCAUAACUUUCAUCAGUGAUACUCCUUCAGCCCGUUAAUCUUUUCAUCUACUAUAUAUUUCUAUUUGAAAAUAUACUCUCCGAUCCACAGGUUGUAUUAAAGUCUGGAAUGUUGAAAAACUUCGUCUCACGCUACGGAAUCUUUUCAUCUAUAUAUUCCUAUUUGAAUUAGUUUCAUAAAUUUAUAAUAAUUGUUUUGUGGAUGCUCUGUCCGUCGACCAUGUAAAUGUUGUACGAAAAUAUCUAUUGGACCGAAGAGUAUCUUUUGUAUAUCGCUUGAGUAUAUAUAUAUUUGCGUAAA